AUGGAUAUACUACGCUGGCCGCCGGUCAUCCGACUUGCCACCCUCUCAUUACUUUUGUCGCCAGCUUCCGCACAGAAUGACACCACAACGUUUGACGGGACCAACAAAACACAGCUAGAUCUAGGGCGAUGCCCAUGGUUGAUCGAGGGGGAGCUCAGCCCCAACGCGUCGGUCAAUUCCACAGGCAGCGUCAAUUUGCACUGGAACGCACUCAUGAUGGACCCUUCGCAAAACGACUGGACGUUUACACUCACAUACAAUGAAACCCGAACUCAGAGUGCUCCGACAAUACACUAUCUACAAAGCUAUGUCAGCGCGCCAGAAUCAAGCGACGCCAAAACAUGCGUGACCAUGUUCUCGGGCCUCAACGCUACUAGUUCGUCGGGCGGUAGGAAUGGCUGCGAUGGGGUGCUGGACGAGACAUGCACCAAGGCCCUUCAGAAAAUCUCGUACAGUGAGCGUUGCACUCUUCCUAGGCCAACGGAAGAGAUCCUCGGCAGGAUAAGAGAGGCGUGUGGUUCCGAUAUAUCAAACGGUGGCCCAGUAACGACCGGGACGCCUCAAGACUUCUCCAAUAAAACUUGCAGUAUCAGCCACCCCCCCGGUUCCACCUCACCUGACAACUUCCGUACCUGGUCCGCAAUGGGCCAGGGUAUCGACUUGAAUCACAUCGAUCAGAACGCGUCUGAUUUCACCUGGUAUGAUCUCCAUGUCCGGCAGACUGUCCCGUUUGUCAUUUCUGCGGAUUUCGCCGGGGGUGUUGCAGAGACGCAGGUUGUGUGUGUAGCGCCAAGAGAGAUUGUAGGGAGGAGUCGAGUACCCGCAGAGAAGUCUAGGGCGUGUCGAAGAGGGCCAUUCUCUAGUUGGUGGACAAUGGGCGCUGCGGUGUUUGCCAGUUGGAUGUUGAAGGUGGUUUAG